AUGGGUGACUGGAGCUUUCUGGGACGGCUGUUGGAGAAUGCGCAGGAGCACUCGACGGUGAUCGGCAAGGUGUGGCUGACGGUGCUCUUCAUCUUCAGGAUCCUGGUGCUGGGGGCAGCGGCAGAGGAGGUGUGGGGCGACGAGCAGUCCGACUUCACCUGCAACACGCAGCAGCCCGGUUGCGAGAACGUCUGCUAUGACGAGGCCUUCCCCAUCUCGCACAUCCGCUUCUGGGUGCUGCAGAUCAUCUUCGUCUCCACGCCCACCCUCAUCUACCUGGGCCACGUGCUGCACAUCAUCCGCAUGGAGGAGAAGCGCAAGGAGAGGGAGGAGGAGCUGCGCAAGUCCAGCCGGCUGCAGGAGGAGAAGGAGCUCCUCUUUAAAAACGGAGGAGGGGACACUGGCGGCGGAGGAGGAGGCGGUGGUGGCAAAAAGGAGAAGCCACCCAUUAGAGAUGAGCACGGCAAAAUCCGCAUCAGGGGCGCCCUGCUGCGCACCUAUGUGUUCAACAUCAUUUUUAAGACCUUGUUUGAAGUUGGGUUCAUUUUAGGUCAGUAUUUCCUCUAUGGCUUCCAGCUGCGGCCCCUGUACAAGUGCGCGCGGUGGCCCUGCCCCAACACCGUGGACUGCUUCAUCUCCCGGCCCACGGAAAAGACCAUCUUCAUCAUAUUUAUGCUUGUGGUGGCUUGCGUGUCUCUUUUGCUGAAUUUGUUAGAGAUCUAUCACCUUGGAUGGAAGAAAGUCAAACAGGGCAUGACCAACGAGUUUGUCCCUGAGCAGGAUUCUCUGUCUAAUACCAGUGCAGAGCCUGAGCCCACGACCCCCACCCCGAGAACUGCCCCUCCGACUCUCAGCUACCCGCCAAACUACACGGACGUGACCGCAGGGAGCGCGUACCCCCUGCCGGCGGCCCCUCCGGCAGAGUUCAAGAUGGAUCCUCUCCAGGAGAGCCUGCAGGAGUCCCCCUCUUCCUUCUACAUCAGCAACAACAACCACCGGCUGGCCGCCGAGCAGAACUGGGCCAACCAGGCCACCGAGCAGCAGACUCGGGAGAGGAAGCCAGGUUCCCCUUCCCCCUCCCCCUCCUCCUCCUCCUCCUCCUCCUCCUCCUCUUCCUCCGGCGGCAGCGCCCGGGACGAGCAGCAGCAGCAGCCCAAGGACACCAGCCCGCCUGUCAGCAGCUCGAGUGGCGGGAGCUGGAGCGGAGGGAAGAGCCAGCCGGACGAGGGCCACGUCUCCACCAUGGUGGAGAUGCACGAGCCCCCCGCGGUAGUCACGGACGCCCGGCGGCUGAGCAGGGCCAGCAAGACCAGCAGCAUCAGAGCCAGGCCCAACGACCUGGCCGUCUAG